AUGUCCUCGAAGAACCUCCAAGUCGUCGGCUAUGCAGCAGGUGCCUCACUGGCAGCUAUUACGCUGUUCUACGUCUUCGGUCCGACCUUCUUCAUCGACGGUGACGAAAGUUCCGGUUUCUUCGACAGCAAGAAGCGCACCAUAGUCGGUCUUUCUAAUCCUGCAAACGACUGCUUCAUCAAUUCCACCUUACAAGCACUUGCCGGCUUGGGCGAUCUGCGACUGUACCUGAUCAAAGAAAUACAUAGAAGAGAACUUGACGGGCCGGAAGUAUAUGAUGGGCUCCCCGCAGUCCUGCGAAAGGGCGACAGACCGCAGAGGGUACAGGACUUGCAGAGGGGAUUGGUCACCAGAGCACUCAAGGACAUGCUAGACGCCCUGAACGAGCGCCCAAUAUACAGGAAGACCAUAACUGCUCGGCCGCUGAUAGAAUCUUUAGAAAGAGCCUACAACACAAGAAUAAGCAGAAACCAACAGGAUGCGCAGGAAUUCUUACAGAUUGUACUUGAGAGACUAGAUGACGAAUACAAUGCAGGCGAGAAGGCCCGAAGUCGCGCUCGAGGACCAGCUGGCGAAACGGAGUCUGUAACGGAAGAAUCUCCAGCCACACAAAGCUUGUCCUCAGCUGCGAUCGGUGCUUCUGAAGGAUUUCCAUUCGAGGGACGUCUUGAGUCGCAAAUACAAUGCAUGUACUGUGGCUUCAAAACCAAGCCUAGCGGUUCAACCUUUGUAUCGCUCACUCUUAACGUGCCUCAAGGCAACUCGACCACUCUAGACAAAUGCUUCGACAUUCUCCUCAAAGACGAUGAUAUAGACGACUAUCGCUGCGAUCGAUGCAGACUGAAGCAUGCCCUGGAUUGGAAGAAGGCCAAGCUUGUCAGAGCGGCGCAAGAUGACCAACGCAAACAGCUUCAGUCAGAUAUCGUCAAGCUUGAAAAGGCGAUUGAGGCGGAUCCGGAGACUCAGCCAGAGGGCGUUGAACUGCCUGACUCUGCUCAGGCACCACGUCGGAAGAUCAAGAAAUAUACGCGCAUCACCCGGUUUCCAAAGGUGAUUGCUAUCCAUCUGUCAAGAUCGGUCUUCGACGAACGCUCAUACUCAACCAAGAACAUGGCCAAGGUCAACUAUACUGAACGGCUGCGGCUCGGUGGCAUUCUCAAUGUCCACUGGUACCGUCUCCUUGGUGUUGUUUGCCAUAAAGGCAGCCAUAACAGCGGACACUACGAGUCUUUUCGUAGGAACCACAUCUAUCCGCCCUUCGCCACGGUUGACACGUGGGGAGCUUAUGCAGCGUCCAGCAAGGCUCCCAGUGCUGCUAGUUCUCCCAAGGUGACGAUAGACGCCAAUGGCCAUUCAUCCACUACCAGUGAAUCAGCACCUUCAGUUUCCUCUGCAGCACUUAGUCCCGAGAACAGUCGUCCAAAUACCACCGACGAUCCUUCCCAUGCGAUCUCCUCCAAUGCAGACAGGCCGCCAAAUACUGUACACUUAAAGCGAACGGUAACACAGACUUCGCAGCCACAGAUAAGAAGCCACGUUGGAGUGCCGACGAAACAUAAGAAGCGAAAGAAGCAAGACCGAUGGUGGCGUGUGUCUGAUGACAAGAUCAAGGAGGCCAAGACGUCGGAGGUGUUGAACAUGCAGAGAGAGGUGUAUCUGCUCUUCUACGAGCUCGAACGACCACAAGCCGAUGCAGAGGACUAA